AUGAUCAGCAAAAUCUCUAUCCUAUGCUUGGUUGCAUGUGCAGCAGCUGUUCCAAUAUUCGAACCUGCAGCUCAGUCAUACUCCACUCAAACUAAGCAUACCACAGUGCACCACGGAUCAGCACUUGUGAGCCAUUUGGCUCCAGUUGCUGCAAUUCAUGCUCCAGCUAAUUCCUAUUCUUCUGUCACCUUUGGACACUCUGCUGUUCAGGCUGCCCCAGUCUAUGCCUACUCUGCCCCAGUAUACCACGCCGCUCCAGUUGUACAUGCUCUUCCAGUUGUACACUCUGCUCCCGUAGUACAUACCGCAGUCCAUGCUGUUCCUGUUUUGAGGCACAUCGAAGAAGACAACUCCGCUCCAGCUCACUACCAAUACAAAUAUGGAGUUGAAGACCACCACACUGGUGACAUCAAAUCCCAAGAAGAAUCCCGUGAUGGUGACGUAGUCAAGGGUUCCUACUCUCUCCACGAAGCUGACGGUACCAUUAGGACUGUGAAAUACUCAGCCGACAAAAAUGGAUUCAACGCAGACGUACAAAAGUCAGGACAUGCUACUGUCAGUCACGUACAGGCACCUAGUCAUAUUCUUUUGCAUCAUUAG